AGGCCACCUUAUAAUCUUUUUAUAUUAAGUGCAGAGUACUGCUCUUUAAAACCAUUUCUUUUAAGUCAUAACUUAAUCUUAAAAAGAAGCCAGAAAUUGGCAGAAGAGAAAGUUACUAACAUUCAAAGCUUUCGAUAUAAUGGAAUAACACACAGCCAGUUAAUUGAGUCGGCUGUACCAAUAGAGUAAACCCCCAUGUCAGAGUGAUCUGUUAUUGGAGUAUAUACUAGAACAUCAUAGAGAGAUAUACACCAUCUACUAGUAUACAUAUAUAUAAAUUAUGUAUAUACCUAUUGUGUAGUGCUUGUGUGAAUAUUUAUAGUACAGUUUCUAUCAGAGACAUAUGUUGUCUUAAAACAGGUUUUGAUAUAUAUAAACAAAAUAGAAAUUGAGAAAAAUGAUUUUGGAUUCAUCACAAGAAGAUCAGCCGAGACGCGAUGCCACUGGGGCUGUCACCAUUGAGAAGAUUCCAGAGAAACUGGUACUGCAUAUAUUUUCAUUUCUCAAGCAUCGAGAAUUGGGCAAAGUAGCUCAGGUGUGUCGGAAAUGGCGUCUGUUUGCCUAUGAUAGUCGGCUAUGGAAGGCAGUUUCGCUCCGACCAGAAUAUUCAGGACUACACGUCAACACAGUUGAAACUCUGCUGGCUCUGAUAAAUUUACGUUUUGGACCAACACUCCAUUACAUCGAGUUACCUUGUGAUCUAAUAACAGCACCUGUCAUGCAGGAGCUGUCCAAUAAAUCGCCAAAUCUGAGAUAUAUGACUCUGGAUUUCUCCAAUGCUAUGCAGCUCCACGAUUUUAACGACAUGAACGCCUUCCCGUGUAAUUUAAGAAGUUUGUGUAUAUGUCUUUCGGAGGUGAUCUUUCUGGAAGGUUUUAUGAGGAGAAUCUACAGUUGUCUUUCAUCGUUGGAAGUUCUUCAUUUGAUUGGAACUUUUGAGAUGUCCACAGAAUCUGAAGAAGAUGUCUAUGAAGUGAUAAAUAUCAGUAAAAUCAAAGCUCACACCCCCAAUUUAAAGAUUGUUAAUCUAUAUGGUAUAAGUUUUGUUGAUGACUCGCACAUUGAACUAUUAACAUCCAACUGUAUUCACCUGGAAUGUCUGUCUCUUAACUUCUGUCUUCGAAUCAAAGGAUCUUCGUUUAAAACCCUAAUACAGAGAUGCAAGAAACUGAAAACACUACUGUUACAGCAUACAGGUGUAGAAGAUCAGUUAAUGAUAGCAGUACCCUGGGAAACCUCCCAAAUAACGGAACUAGAUUUAACUUCAACGGAACUAUCUACUGAUUGUUUAGAUAGCGUAUUAACAAGAUGUCCAGGAUUUACAUAUUUAGGACUUGGUCAUUGUGAAUUCUUUACAGAUAAGAUACUGGAGAGAUUAAUGGAGAAGGGUAAACUGACUCGUCUACAGGCUAUAGAUAUCAGUCAUACACAUGCACUGAGUGAGAACACUUUAUACCACUUCCUACAUAACCAUGGUCAUAAUCUGAGAGGAUUGAUGUUGGCAGGGAAACCUAAACUAACAGAAAACUUCUGGUUGAUGGUCAUAAGAUACUUGAAGAAUAUGAGAGUUUGUGUUCUUGGAACAGCUAAUGGAUGGUUUUUAAAGAUGCAGAGUCGAGUGCAUGUUGAUCAGAUAGUGGAAGCCUUUGCUCAACAAUGUCCGUACAUGUCAAGACUAGAGAUACAGUGGGAUCCAGAUACUAUCCGAUACAGCGAUAAAAGUAGCAAAUUUAUUGAUCAUUUAAGGUUGCGAUGCCCUCACUUACGAUCUUUUAGUUUAAGCGAUGGUGAAUAUUAUGAAAUGGUCAAGUCUAACUUUGAAAGAGCGGAUCGACAGAAGGUUGUUAGAACAACAACUAAUUAUACAACUAGUAUUGUUUGUUUAUUAAACAAUUACAGAGAUUUAUUAUUCAAUUGAAAAGAUAAGAAGUUUUACCACCGUGAUAGUAGUGUGUUGUUUAACAUAUAUUCUAUGUUAUUAUAGAAGAGUGUCCUAGCUGUCUCCUAACUAACUGCUCAAAUCGGGACGUCGUUACUGGGCGUAACCAACAGAUACUGAGCCAUGCAUAAGUUUAAUUGUUACCUGAAAGAGAGUUGACGAAGAGUAUUAAGAUACACCUAAGGCCAGGGCAAAUUUUAAGGUCUUCGAUGUCUUGAUAAUAAAUAGCGACUUCAGUCUUGUGAUCCCUUUUUAAAGAUGCAUUAUAUAAGAUUUAGAUAUAAAGAGCUGGCCAUUCUUGCUAUAAUAGUUCAAAAAUAAAAAAAUGAACAUAUUGAAAAAAUUUCAUUCAAAUUACUUUAUUCUGGGUGAAGGGGGGGUGGGGUGGAUGGCCGAAUGGUUAGCAUGCGCGCUGUAUCAUACGGUCUGUCAUUGAGUCAACUGGAGGGGUUUCGAUUCCCUGGUUGUACUUGGCAAGGAGUAGGGUCGUCUGUCCAACCUCAUGGGUUUUCUCUGGGUCCUCCGGUGUCCUCCCACUGCUAAAGACCCCUACGCGCAAGCGAAUUAUUGAAAUAAAAUUGAACCAUGUGUUAGUCCCGAAAUGACCUAGUUUGUGUCGAGUGGACGUUAAACCCCAUUUCUCUCUCUCUGGGUGAAGUUAUGACUGUUUGAAGAUGUAGCGCACAUCAUUUAUUAUCGCAGCAGUGUUACUUGACAACCGAGACUAAGGCUCGAUUAUCCAUAUCAUGGUUAAAUUUUUUAAAUCUUGAGGAUGUUCAGAUCAGUAAUGGGAUUUCGCCCGUAUAUUCCGGACAUGUCCGACGCUAUUUUCCAAACGUCUGAAAUUGUCCGACCAGGAAUAUGCCCAAUCGGACAUCAAGAUAUGGUGAAUAAUAUUCAAAAUUACAAAAUUAAAUCUCGGCCAUCAAAUGUUAUAGCAGGUUGAUUAUAGUCUUGUCAUAUUAAUAAAUGUCUUAAUAAUAGUUUAUAUAACAUUUGAAGCCAAACGAAAGACCUGCAAUAGGCAGAUUUAGCUCUUACAUAAUGCAUCUUUAAAAUUUUAUUUUUUUCCCAAAGAAAGAGGAAGAAAAAUUCAAAUUGGGUGUGGUCUGAAUCAUGGUUACUAAUGAUUGUAAAUUAAAGAAAUAGCUGAUAUAGAGUAUUUAAAGAAACAGCUGAUAUAGAAUAAUGAACUGUUUUUGUAAUGAUGUACAGAUAGUAUGAUAAUUUUAAUUGUUACUUAAAUCAGCUGAUUUGUCAUUUGUAUUUAAUCAGGCAUUAUGGAGGAUAGAUAAAGAGCUGGCAGUUCUCACUAUAAUAGUUAAACACUAGAUAAUUUAAAGGGAAUUGCUCCACUCUGAACCAAGAUAUUACCGUUUGAAUUUUUAGGCCUGGCCUUGAUCAUCAUUACUAAAGACUUGAUUAUCCAUUUUUGGAUUAAAUCAUCAAUGAGUGUAAUGAGCAGCAAAUCGGAUUCAAAUCCAGUGAAAACCUGAUACAUAAGUUGGCAUCAAGAGUUGAUUAAGUUCUUUUCAUCUUAAUAAAUGUCUAAUUAAUAAUUUAGAUAACAUUUCAGGCCCAAAGAAAGAUCUGCAAUAGAAAGAUUGAGCUCUUGUAUAAUGUAUGUUUGAUCAGACAAUAUCAAAUUAUUCACGGUUUCAUCCAUGCUAAAAUGUACACAAAUUAAUUAUUUAAUAUUUAAUUAAUAAAACAAUGCCAAAUUCAAAUAUCAAUGCUACAUGAUCUCCCAGUUUGGAUUCAAUCAAGAAUAAAGAGAGACCUGUCAAAAGAUUCUACCCAAUACCUAUAUGUGGCACUGGUUUGUUUAAUCUUAUGCAGAGGAUAUCUUAUGUUGUAAAUUUUCAGUUCAUCAUAUCUUUGUAAAUCAGUGUUGCUAUUUCCAAAUUUUUCUUGUCAGACAUUUUUUACCAAAAAUAAAGGGGCAUAACUCUUAUUAUUUAAGCAGAUGGAUUCAGACCACAAUUAUAAAAAAUCAUGUGUCAACAGAAUUGAACAAUUUAUGGACGGAUAUUCAACUUUCAGAAUAUUGUGGUUUGGAAGGGAUUCACAUAUCCCUCAAAUGAUGAUCAUUGGUUUUAAGAUAAUAAAUUGUGAGAAUGAGAAUUUAUUGUUAGAUCUACUUAUUGUGAUAUCUCGUAUUUUAAUUUAUAUUUCUUAUUUAUAGGGUUAAUUAAGUAUUUACCAAUUUAUUUAUUUUUAUGAAAAACAUUUUGCAAAAAAAUGCUCAGCUUUAUAUUUGUGAAACAUGUAGGUAAAAUCUUCAUAAGCAAUAACGAAAUACUGAAUCAAAAAUGAGGGUUGAAUGGCCGAAUGAUCAGCAUGUGCGCGUUGUAUCAUAAGGUCUGUCAUUGAGUCAACUGGUAUGGUUUCGAAUCCCCGGUUGUACGUGACAAGGAGUAGGGUUGCCUGUCCAACCUCGUGAGUUUUCUUUGGGUCCUCCGGUUUCCUCCCACUGCUAAAAAACCCUACGCGCAAGCAAAUUAUUGAAAUAAAAUGAAACCAUAUGUUAGUCCCGAAAUGACCUAGUUUGUGUCGAGUGGACGUUAAACGCCAUUUCUCUGUCUCUCUCUGAAUCAAAAAUUAAGACUUCAAUUUAGCUUCGUCUAAACCAGGAAUGCUGUUUCAAGGUUUUAUAUUAUCCAAAUUUACAUAGAAUAGGAUUAAAUGAUUGAAUCAAAAUAAGACUAAAUAAAAUACAAUUAAUCAAAAUUAAAUUAUGAAAGUAGAAUUUGUGUUAUGAUGAAGACAUUUAGGUUAAAUGCAAUCUGGUUAAAACACAGAUCCUAGUUCGUUUCGUUUUUUAUAGUUCAAAAUUUCAUUUUACUUGUCUUUACUACACUUGGAUCUGGAAGAGUUGUUAUCAUUGACAGGUUCUGAAUAGUGUGAGGUAUUAGCCAAUGAAACGGUCUGUUAUGGCGAGCUUUAGGCAUGUUUUGCACGGAACUGUGGGUAAUCCACUAGUAACAUCAAUACUGAUUGGUUAAUUAGUCUGACGUGACCUAUCGCAACAACCGGUCAGAUCUUCAUGUAGUGUAGGCAAUCGAAAGUAUAAAAAAACGAAACGAAAUACAGAUCUGUAUUAUAAUCAGAUUGGGUUAAAUGUCUUUUAGAGUUUCUGAAAAAUUCAGUUUUAAUAUAACCAAACCCAAUUGUUGUGUAAUUCUAUCAUUUUCUGUUCUUUAUUAGACUUUUUGGAAUUCAAUUUUAAAACAGAGAGUAUGAUUGAUUGUUUAUUAUAUACAGUAUUUAAUAUUUUUUUUAACUUUUAAAAAUAUAUAGAUAUUUCUGUAAAAUAUUUAUUUUGUUUAUUAUACAAAAUCUUAGUGUAAAUCUCUCUGUAAAUGCUUCUUUAAGGAACUGCUGAUUUUUCUAUAUUAUUCUUACAUAAUCAACCCUAGAGAUACGGCACUGGUCACAGACAUUAUCAGAUACAAAUUCUUUGGUGCCAAUCAUUUUCUCCAACUUGAAUUUGUCUAUUUUCACUGUUUUAUUCAUAUUUUUAAUACAAGUUCAAAAUGUCAAUGUCCAGCAAUUUCCCAGGUAUAAACAAUGGUUAUUGGCAGACCUAAUAAUAUUUUCAAAUAUUUAAAAUUUCUAAAAUAAAUUCUUCAGGUUAAGUUUUGACGAGAAGUGACAUUAUUUUAAAGGUCCGGUAACGAAAUGAAGUGGACUGACGUUCCAUAUCGUGUCAGUUUUAUGUACAUUAUGUAUGAUUCUACAAUGCCAUGGAGGACAAAUUACAUAAUUGUUUUGUGUACACUGGAUCCCCAUUGACGUCCAUUUGAAAUUAUUGCCCGAAACAUAUUUUGUUGGGUCCUCGAUCAUCAGGUGUUAACUCCAAACAAAAGAGAUCUGAGCUUAAAGCAUGUUUUUCUCAUCUUGAUUAAAAUUAAUUUAUCUGAUGGCUUACAUUAUAGUACAAUAAAUUCAUAAUUUAAUGAAUGAAUCUCUUGUUUGUGUAAUUGUGUGAAAUACUCAUAAUUUUCGACUAUUUUUAGUCUAGGGUGUAACAGGGUACAGACCACUGUUCUUGUUCGGUUUUAUUUAUAUAUUUUAAAUCUUACAUUAAAAUAUUUGUAUUAAUUUCUAGUCCCUUUUACCUUUGAUUUUUAAUUUUUAAAAUAUAUCGCGUGAAGAAAAUUUUGUUUUUUUUCAUUAUAUAUUUAUAAAAGUCAACAAAGAUUUCCCAUAGAAAAAAUUUUAAAUAAAAGAAAAAGAAUUUAUAAGCAAGAGUUUUUAAAUUGGAAAAAGGUUAAUGGAUGGAGCAACAAUAAAAAAAAAGAUAUGUAACUUAGAUGACUAACAAAAUAUUGUUUUUAUAAAUAAAGAGAGAUUUUGAAACUUUCAUAUAAUCAUUUGUUAGCUAUUUCAAAUUUAAGAAUUUAAAUUAGAUUGGUAAGGGACCUUCUCAAAAUAUCAACACUUGCUUCCAAACAACACAUGUCCAUCAUCUCCGACAGAGCUAGAAAAUUUUGACGUUUCCGUUCACGAUUCAACAUUCAAUAUAUCUUUUUCUAUCUGGGGUGUCGUUUCACCCACCCACCCAGUUCAGCUGUUAUUCGUUUGGAUGCAAGUUUUGAAAUUUUGCGAUGGUCCCUGAAUUUUUAUUAUCUACAAGUAUGUGUAGAUAGGUGUAUAUUUUGUGAAUGUUACUUGUAGAGAUUGACCGAGGAAAUGUUUUGAUCUUCUAUAUAUAUUAUUAGUAAUUUAUUUCUAGGUGAAUGUGCAAUAUUAAGUGAAAUCCUAUAUAAAAGAUGUAUUUGAAGCAUGCUAUAUUAAAUUAUAUUGAAUGAUAUCUGUGAUAUACAAUAUCACGAGGAUUGUUUUUUUUUUAUUUAUUAAAAAAAAAUGUUUAAACAUUA